GAAUAAAUUAUAAAUUUAUUUUUGAAUUUGAUCCAAGACAUAAUUUGAAUUAUAGACAAUAUUAUCCCCGCAUUUUUGUUGUUAGUUUAUAGUUUUAUGACAAUAUUUUAUUAUGAUGCUAGGAAAUGGUUUAUCAUAGCUAUGUUACGAGUUGUUGCAAGUGGAUUUUACCGUGUUGAAUUUAGAGAUUUCUUUAUUGCUGACGAAUUAAAUAGUUUAACGUACACGUUUAUGAACUCGCAAUUUUUAUUCUGCGCAAGUAAUUAUCUUCUGACUUUUCAAAAAAAAAAGAAAAAGAAAAAGAAAAAAGAAAAAAAAAAUUAACAAACUUUUUUUUUUCUAGUUAACGUGUGUAGAUUUUCUCCUUUAUCACCAUUGCUAACAAGUUUACCGCCAUGGUGGAGAUUCAUUCAAUGUUUAAA